AUGGGCAACAUCUGCGGCAAAGAAGAGCAAGACCCCUCCCCGCCCGGCCGCGUCCUCGGCUCCGCCCCCCCCGCAAAACGCAAGUCCACCAUCCCCCCCAAAGUCGGAGGCCCAGCCCGAACCCUCGGCGGCGAAACCACAACUGACGUAGGCGAUGCGCGGAGGAAAGCCGCCGAAGCAGCAGAGGCUAGAGCAAAAGCAUCCAGCAAGGGAGGCAAGCUGCAAACACAAUUAUCCGCGCAGAAGAGACAGUCGCGAAGCGAUACACUCAAGCAAGCUAGUGCUGACGAGCAGCGGCGGAGAGAAAUUGCGAAUAAUAAUGAGGCCACGUCUUAUAAUUAG